UAGCGCGCACUCCGUCUUUUUCUUCACUGUGUCAAGAUUCUGCUAAAAUAACAACAGACGACCGGGAACAUAAUCUCCAGUCUUUUCAUAUGCAGUUCCUCUUGACGAUAAAAGAGUAAAAGCCAGCCUGUUUUCGGGCUUUGGCCUUCAUGAUUUGGGUGGGUGUGGUCUCCUCUGUUAACCCUCAUCUGACUGAAGUCAGCUCUGUACCCCCUCAAAUACACACACAUUCAAAGCACGGCGAUGACACACCAUUCAAACAACUCUGUUCAAGGCCAAAUGAAAUGGGCGGGGUUGCUGGGCUGUGAGGCGGUGUUUUCCAGCAUGGCCCUGAUGCAAGCCAACAACAUUCCGGGUCAGAAGAAGAUGAUGUCACACAUGGGUCAUGGGCACAGGGCCAGUUCUGAGAGCCACCAUACCCAUUCACACCAUAGCCAUAACCACCAUGGACACCAAGGUCACCAUGCGCACAUUGGCCAUUUGUCUGCAGGAAGCUGUCCACCGCUGCUGAUCCAAAAGGAUGGAGAUUACCACACCUCAAGAAUUUUGGAUGGAAAGAAUAUGCAACAUAAGAAAAAGCACAAAAAAUCUGGGUCUGUCAAAGUCAAGGAGGAAGUGCGGCCUUUAUUGCAGCAACUUGACAUGGACGACGACGAUGACAGUGCUUUGAAAGUUCAGAAGAACUUCAUCUGUGACCACUGCUAUGGAGCUUUCCGGAGCAGUUACCACCUUAAGCGACACAUACUUACACAUACAGGGGAAAAGCCUUACGCUUGUGACAGCUGCGAGAUGCGCUUCAUUCAGCGUUACCACCUGGACCGACACAAGAGGGUACACAGUGGCGAGAAGCCGUACCAGUGUGAUCGUUGCAAUCAGACCUUCUCACGGACAGACAGGCUGCUGAGGCACCGUCGCUUGUGCACGGCCGGGAUCCGCAAAGAUGAUUGUUGCGAUAGUCGUACAUCUGCAUAUUCGCAGGACACAUCUGGCCACACAGCCUCAUGGAGCCCCCUACAGCCUUCCAACAACCGCCUGACUGUCUGACCCGUAAACUCUUUCACGGCCCCCAUCCCACCCCCAAAAUACUUAAUAGACAGUUGAAGACUCAGUAGGUUGCGCUGAUGUGCAACAUCACUGAAAGCUAACACAACUUAGCUUACAUUAAUAGCUAGUGCAACCAGACUCCCUUUAGUUUGAUUUUUGUACCAUCGGUAUCUUCUGUUCUUCAUUGUCAAGGUCAAAGGGGAAAGACUAAAGCUCAACCUCUCAAAAGGCAAGAGUCCACAAUAUGAUGGCAAUAAGUGAAUGAUCCUUGCACUUACAACUGAUCGCGCUGAAGACUUUAAUAGCGUUGUUGUAAUGAAAUGUAUUGGGAGUAUUUCUGACAGCACGUCUCUGAUUGUCAUGCUGAACCUAGAAAUCAACACAUUUGUAGCUCUAUAGAGGUCAAUACCUACAGUUUGUUUCUAGUAAAUAGCAACCCUUCUAAUACUGUAGGGCAGUGCUAGUCAACUGGCGGCGCGGGAAUGACACUAGACUGGCCACCCUAGUUCAGUUUAAAGCUUGGGAGAAAAACAUUUUUGCAACAUUUUUUUUGAAACAGGGCUCCUGUUGUAUAGAGGAACCUUAACUAGUGUUAACCUAUUGACAUAUCUUUGCAUUGACAUUUUAAGAUCCUAAAGCCAAAUGUCCACUACGGCGGUAUUUUUUGCAUAACAGGACUAUUUUACUUAAAAAUGUGUAAUUGAUCAAAUAAAUAGGCCAAAAACAAUUGUCCACUGCAGAGUCAACUAGUUCUCACAAUAAGAAUAAGUCUUGCCCCCUGGUCCUUAGUUUUCUGGAAAUGUGUUCAACUAUUUAGUUGAAUAGCCCAGCUGUAGGGUUUGUGUGACUAUUGUAAUUAAAAUGUACAUUUUAAACUGUAAGAGCAUCACCACCAUAAACUGUUCACCUAGCUAAUAUCUAAAUAUGCAGCAAACACACUUACUGCUCCAUUGUUUUCAAGUGUCUUGCAGUUAAAAAGUUGGUGAAAAAUACUUGAGCUUUUGUUUUGUUUUUGUUUUUUUUAACACACGGCCAUUGCAAUUAUUGGCUUUAAUUGCUAUUCUGCUUUUUUAGUGGUAUAACUGCAUUGACGAAUGUCCUUUCAGACUUAGGCCAGGUUGCUGAUGAUUUCUCUUUAUCAUUUUUAUUAUUUAGAUCAAUGAUCCUGCUCAGUUGUAUGACCUUUUUCAGAAGCUUUUUUUUUUUGGGAGUGGACCAAGACAACCAAAGUACAGUUGUUAAGUUUUAGUCAGAGACCUGCUGGAAAUGAGCUGGGCAUUGGCUUGACAUGAUUGAAUGUGAAGAUACUGUGCCAUGGUCAUUUCACCUCCAACUUAACACUUGGGCGUCUUCAGUGAAGAUGUGUUUUUUAUUGAUGAUAUUCUGUAGAAACCUGUGUAUGAUUUAAUCUGCAAACACUGGGCGGAAGUAUUAGUUUGGCUGUAGAACACUUGAUUUUGGCGUUACCUGUCUAGAGUACUGCAAAAGUGUUUUAUAGUUUUCCAUUAGACGGAUAGUUCUGUUGCUAUUUUAGAAGAGGAGAUGGAGCCCAAUCAUUGACAUUGCCCUCUGCUUAUUAAGUUAAUAUAUACUGUAUAUUUAAAUUGUGUUAGAUGUAGACAACUUUAUUUGUGGGACCUACAUUCCAAAAAACUAAAUAUUUACAAAGUUAUGAAAUGUAGUUUGAUGAUUUCUUGUAAAAUACAAAGCUUUAAGUGGAAUCAUUUUGAAGAAACCACUUACUUGCCUCUAGUACAUCAGCCAUUUUCAAUUCUCAUAUUUUCUUUAAUUUGUAUAAAUGUUUGGAUUUCAUCUUUAUUACCGGUAGUUAUUUCAAAGGUGAAAUGAAGUAAAUUUUAUAGCUGAUUAUAUUGUAUUGUGCAUGGAGGUUUAGGGCCCUAAGUCUGAAUAAAAUGUUAAUACUU